AUGGAUGUUUCAAUUGAGGGUCCGGGUAUUGAGGAAUUUCAGAUUUUUGGUGAUGCAACCCCUGGAGAGAAACUUCUUGGAUGCGGGUAUCCUGUGCGGGGGACUACACUUUGUAUGUUUCAGUGGGUUCGUCAUCUUCAAGAUGGAACCAGGCAGUACAUCGAGGGAGCCACAAAUCCAGAGUAUGUUGUGACUGCUGAUGAUGUAGAUAAAUUGAUUGCUGUUGAAUGCAUACCGAUGGAUGACCAAGGCCAUCAGGGAGAACUGGUGAGACUUUUUGCUAAUGAUCAGAACAAAAUAAAAUGUGACCCAGAUAUGCAAAUGGAGAUUGAUACGCAUAUUUCCCAAGGGCAAGCCAUGUUUAGUCUCCAGUUGCUGACAGAUUCUUCUGAUAAUUGGGAGCCCGUAACUCUAAUUUUGAAACGGUCCAGUUACCAAAUUAAGAUCAAUAGCACAGAAGCAAUUGUCAUUACAGAGAAAUUUUCGAAGGAAUUAUCAAUUAAAAUUCCUUGUGGGCUUUCGACACAGUUUGUUCUGAUAUGUGCUAAUGGAUCUUCUCAUCCUUUUAGUACACGCAAUGUGCGAAUGCGGGAUACCCUUGUGUUGACAAUGAGAAUGUUCCAAAGCAAGGCAUUGGAUGACAAGAGAAAAGGAAGAGCAUAAAGAAUAAACCCCCCACUUUUUUCAAGCCAGUGUGGUACGGUACAGUACAGUACAGUUUAUAGUCAAAUAUUGAUCUGUGCUAGAAUGGGACCUAAAAGAAAUGCAUUAUAGUUAAUAGGUUUUAAUUUACUGAAAGAAAACCAUUCUUGGAAUUGUUGCAUCUGUUGUGGGAACUAUGAAUUAGCAUCUCAGUGCUAUUUGCUAGGCAUGCAUCACCAUUGUUAACUGGCAGGUAAUAAGGAAAUAAACUGCGCCAUGUCAGUUGUCAUUUUUCAAGAACUGCUUAAUAAUCUUCAUUUAAAGACAAAAAUGGUUACUUCUCGUUUGCCUUCACUA